AAAGACUUUCGGGAAGCUCGACUAAUUUGUACUGUAGCCAAGUGAACCAACGUGACGCAAAUGACAUAACACUCACUGUUGGCACAGCCGCUGUUCACUUCACGGAAGAUGGAUUAUGUCUUCCUUUUCACUCGGUGGUUUUGACGAAUGAAGUGACUCUGUCUCUGAAAUGGGUCAUUACUACUACACCUGUCCAUGUAUUGUCUGGUUCUUGUCUGAAGAAGAGAAGAAUGCCAUCGACAUAAACAAUGAAAUCAAACGAAUUCUUCAGGAGCAGAAGAAACAACAAAGAAAAGAAAUUAAGGUGCUUUUAUUAGGUUCUGGAGAAAGUGGAAAGACAACCUUUCUGAAGCAGAUGAGAAUCAUUCAUGGACAGGGCUUCUCAGAUGACGAGAGGCAUGUUUUCACCAAACUGGUGUACCAGAACAUCUUCAAGUCUAUGCAAGCAAUGACAGAAGCCAUGAGUGAGCUAAAGAUUCCUUACGCCAAUCCACAGAGCGAGGUUUAUGCAACAUGGUUCCAGGAUCAAGACCCACAUAAGAUAACAAAGUUGCAGAGAAGUUACGUAGAGGCGAUUCGUCAUCUAUGGGCAGACAAAGGUAUUAAGAGUUGCUACAGUCGGCGCAGAGAGUAUCAGCUACUGGACUCAACUAAAUACUUUCUUAGUAACUUGGACCGCAUAGCAGCUGAUAUCUAUAUCCCUACAAAUCAAGAUAUUCUUCAGGUCCGAUUCCCCACUAGUGGCAUCACAGAUCAUAGCUUCAAUUUCAAGAAGAUGAUUCUCAGGAUUGUAGAUGUCGGUGGUCAGCGAGGACAGAGAAAAAAGUGGAUCCAUUGCUUUGAGAAUGUGACGUCACUCAUAUUUGUGGCCUCCCUUAGUGAAUACGACCAGCGUCUGGAGGAGAAUAACAAAGACAACCGCAUGCUGGAGAGUUUAUCUCUGUUCUACACAACCAUCCACUCAAAGUGGUUUGCUUAUUCCUCCGUCAUCCUUUUCUUGAACAAAAUAGACAUCCUAGAAGAGAAGAUUCAGUUUUCAAAUCUGAAAUCCUACUUUCCGGAAUUUAAAGGAAAACCUCGGAACGGUCAGGAUGCCAUUCAGUUCAUCAAAGAAUUAUAUACCCACAACGCGUAUUCCUCUGAGACAAAGAGUUCCAAAAACGUCUACUUUCACUACACCUGCGCCACGGACACAAAUAACAUCCGGAGCGUCUUCUCUGACGUGAAAGACAUUCUCCUCCUCAACGCCUUACAGGACUUUGAGAUGGCGUAAAUAGGCACAAUUAUGUUUUUGGAAUUACACUGCAUUGAUUUUAACGUCACUGUGCACUGAAAAACACUUUUUAUUGACUUGACCAAAAUGCUGGGUUAAUUGAUAAAUGAUCUAUAUUUAUAAGCUAAACUUAGUUUAUUGUAUAAAAAGGGAGAUUUGUAAUGAACUUCA